AUGGAUGUUGUGGAAAUUGAGGGGGAGACGCUGUCUCCCGAAGAGUACAACGACACUCAAGGAUGGGUUGUGGCCCAUGAACGACGCAAGAAGGCAAAAGACAAGAGAAACGCGAAACCAGCCACGAACGCGGGAGAUGCGUCCAUGGAGCCGUCUCGGAGACUGAAGGAUUUUUUGCAUCGCCGGCCAGUGCCAAAAGACCCGCAACUACCAGAAGACGAUUACAAGAACACAUCAGAAGAGCUUAUAGAAGCUCAAAAAAUCGCGCAAUAUGAAAGACUAACACAGAGUAAAACAGGUAGAGCCAUACUAGAAGAAGUGGGUAUAAACUACGCAAAUCAAUUUGGCGCCAAAAAGGAUAUCCAGUAUGAAAUCAGGAAAUGUUUUGUAAUCUUACCGAUUCUAAAAAACAUGCAUCCCGAAUAUCACAAAGUAAGGAGAGCUGAAAGAAGCGACUCGCAGACGGCUGUGAGAAACUUUGCACGAGGGCGAAUAUCCCAAAUAGCUUUAAGAAUAUUGGCUGGAUGCAAAGACCAACGAACAAUAGAUAUAGUCUGGGCACCCGCUCACUCCUCCUUACCCGGCAAUGAGGCUGCACGCCAGACAGCUCGAGGACUUACAGACCGAGCCUCUGGAUUGCCCUGGUCGAACGGGGAGGACGAUGAGAGAUUUGAGCGGAUGACCACUUACAUGGAUAUUACGCAGUAUUACAGGCUAAGCAGGAAAAUUUAUCCUCCCGCACACUCGUCAUUGAACAAAGGACAGGCGGUGGCGUGGCGCCUACUCCAGACCCACACGUUUCCUAGUCCGGUAACAAUGAACCGCUGCGUGCCGGAACUUCGUUCGGAC